AUGCAACACAGAACGCUGGCUGUGGCCACAGAGCCGCCGGAUCUCGGAAACUCCGCUGCGGACGCUCCUCCUAAGCAGGUGGCGCGGGCAAUGGAUAGGCUAGGACGGGCGGCGCGGUUAGUCGCGGACGUCAGACUCGGUGCUGAUCGCCUCCUAGAGGCUCUUCUCACCGCCGAGGAACCUCGACAGGCUAACAAAUCUGUGCAGUUUAUUCUCAAGGAGGAGGCUUCUAUGCGUCAACAUCUUCAGGAUCUCCGAACUCUAGGUUUUUGCUGAUUCUGCCUUUUAUCGAAUCACUUGAUCAUCUUAGGUCCAUUUUCUCGUUUUGCUGAGCUUUGUUCCUUUUUUUUUACCACCAUCCAUUGGUCCGAGAUUCCAAGCAAGAUGGCUUUCUUCAUUUGUCGUUCUACGGUUUUGCCAACAUACACUUUGUGAUUUAAUUACUUGUAGUUAUCACAGCCAUUGGUUCUUACAAAUUAUUUAGGUUUGAUUGUUUAUAGGUCCCCGCAAAAAAGAUCUUAGACAUUGUUCGAAAAACGUGAUUCAUGCUCUAAUCGUUUAACUUGUGUCUAAUAUUUUUUUUUUUCCCACAAGGCUUAUAGUUUGAUUCUAAACCUUUUGGCAAUGUUGCUGGUAGAAUACUCAACUUUCUGCUUGUGGUUGCUAGGAAGGCAACUGGAGGAAUCAGGAGUUCUCAGUGGCUCUUUGAAAUCACGAGGUAACUCUUGGGGCCUUCACAUGCCCCUUGUCUGUCCAGACGGUGCUGUUGUAGCUUAUGCUUGGAAACGUCAGCUUGCCGGUCAAGCAGGAGCCUCCGCUGUUGACAGAACAAGGUAAGGAAGUAACUGAUUCAGUAUGCUUUUACAAAAUGUGCAGAAGGUAAAUAAUUUUCUCCAAUCUACUGGGCCUAGACAGGAUUAAGUCUGAUUAGGCUACAUUAAAUUUCGCAUUUCACAGAACCAUACAGAGGACUGUGGAGUGGAUUAACGAGCUAAUCUCUGUAUGUCUGAUUAUAACACCUUCAGGUGUACGUUACUUUUUUCCGUCAAUGUGGAAAUAAUGUUUUCGGAAUAAAGAUAUAACAACGCCUUGUGUAUUCUUCUAUAAUUAAAUCUAUAAUUAAUUGAAGAACCUCAUGGUUUGCUGUUACUCUAGAGAUGUUCUGCACAGGUCAUGAUUUGAACCCAUUUGGAAAGAGCGAAAAAAGCUAGAAGACUAGAAAAAACAUUUUAUCUUUCUCUUCUAGUUCUAAGAGUUUCUAAAAAAGAGUAUUGAAUACACCCGUAAAUCUGAGCUUCAUGUCCCAAUAAACAUGUCAAACCAGGGAAAUCACAAUCAGAUUGAAUGGGAUCACAGAGUCUCAGUUCGAAUCUGUGAAAUGACAAUUCUGAUUCCAAAGCGAAACUACACUCAUAUGCGCGAUUGCUUGACCCCAUGAAGAGUUGGUUGGCUCACGUUUGAGGGAUGUGCUGUCGCAGCUCCUUAAGCUGACCCUAGAUCUGUGGGAUAAGACGUGAUGUCACAGUUGAAAAUUCGAACAUUUAUUGCUAUGCUUAUCUAAAUCCUACUACGAGAACUCAAAGAUAAUAGCAAGUUGUCAUCGUAAUUAUACUGCUCUCUUUGGAAAGAUUUUCAUCGUGUCCAUUUUUCAAUGAGAUUGAGAUAACAAACCAAGUGUCAUCCUGACUUUUUCCAGACUACUACAUCAGAGUUGGGUUGGAGAUUAAUUUUCGCGCAAGGCUAUGACUGGAGAAAACAGCCCUGACAUUAACAAUUCGAGAAGAGGAACUUAACCAUUCAAUGUGAGAGGGUUAAAAUGUUUAGCAAGGCAUUUGGCAAAUUGAAGAGGUUUUUCCCUCACUUGGAAGGAGAACUUAAUGGCCCAAUACUUGCUGAAGAGUUUCGAAUUUGACAAAAAAAACGGCUUUUUUGGCUCAAUGCACAAAAGAACAUUAAGUUUAUGGCAGUUCUUGGUUUAAUAUCCUUAUGCAUUAUUUUCCUUUAUCAAUAUUUAGUUUGUUUCUUUGUGUCGUUGAAAUGGAUCACUCUAUCAGGCUCUUAGUUCCCUUUUUGGGAAAAUCCAAUGUGACGGGGCAGGGAUACGAGAAAGUUUGGCCUUUAUAUCGAAAUAAAAAUUCGAUAGAGAGAUAUUGAAUCGGAUCAUCCCCGCUUGGUUGUAAUCCAACCUCAUAAAUUAUGUAGACAAAAGCCUCUGCAGAGUAAUAGCCCUCUAAAAAUCUUUUAUAUGUGACCUGACUAAGUAUAAUUCAUCCAGAGGAUUUUCAUCUUUUAAAAAACCGUUAAGUUCGUACUAGUUGGGUUGUAUCACCAGGAAAAAAAGUAUGCAAGAUUUUGAGUUGGUGCACUGAUAUUUGCUGAACAUAGUUUAUAGUUAUUGCGAAAUUAUUAUAAAAUCUAUUUUCAUUUACCUUUUUAUGAGAAGAGAUCUCACAGCAGCCAUCUUUUAGUGAAAGAAAUCAGUAUUCAGACCUGUUAUAAUUUUUGGCGCUUUGUUAAUAUGGGCAUUUUUCUUCUGCUCCGUAGAUUAGCGCUCAAGGCGUUCAGUGACCAGAAGAGGCGAUAUUUCCCUCACCUAGAAGAUGAACCUGACGGCCAACCAUCAACAGAAGAGUUUGGGGUUCGAAAAAAACUUCAUCACUCUCAGGCAGUGACCUCUAGUCUGAAGGAAAAUCACGUUGAGGGCAGAACUUUGUUUGAUAUCCUUGUUAACUUUUCAAAGGAGGUUCCUGACGUGAGAAUCUCCACUUAUCAACGCAUGGAAUGGUUGAAAAGAGCAUCUUCUAGGGCUCUAUCAGCCGAUGAGAAUCCUAUAGACCCACCCAAGGAUCAGUAUUUUCACAGUUCUGAUAAAUAUAGAGCAGGCUCACUGGAUGUUGCUGCUUCAGGACAAGCGGCUGUCAUAGAAUUGCUGGCACCUUCCAUCUUUAGAGCCAUUUUGUCACUUCAUCCUGCAGGCUCUACCAACCCCGAUGCAGUUGCCUUCUUCUCUCCUGAUGAGGUAAUCUUUUCUAUGACUUGCUGCUAGAAUGCUAUCAUUUAUGGAUAAUCAUUUCUCUUUUAUUUAGCACGAAUCCGGUAAGCUGAGUAUGUUGAAUGAUGGUCACCAAUUUGUUGUAUCCUAGCAAUUGUAGGUUUGCCGUUUCUCUAUGUAGUGAUGUUCACGUUCGAUGGGAUUGAGCUGUAUGCCAAAUGACAUGAGGUAGAGGUAUCUUCAACCUCCAGUUUCCAUUCAGCCAUUUCGGUCUUUAUCCCCCCAAGUAUUUUUCUCCACUGCCGAACAUUAAACCUUUGUCAUAAUCCCCUGUUCCUGUCUAGUCUCGCUAGCUAAUGUUCUAUGUCUGAAGGGGUUUCAUUGCUGCCAUUUGGUGAUGUUCUGUUGUAGUAUCUCGCCAUCACCGUGUCAAUAGAAUCCGUAGAUAAUUUAGGAAUAUAUCUGAAGGAGGAGUCCCUCCACAUUACUGAAUGAAUGGUCUAAAAGUUGUGUGAUCAUAAGUCAAGUGCUCGGUUUGUGCAUCUGCCUGUGAAUCCAUCGAUGCUGAAUACGAAGUUAUUAUUUUCCGGUCGCCUGUGAUGCACCUGAUGUAUUUGACCUGUGUUUGCAUUUGUCUCUUCUUUAAGUAGUGAUGCGAUUUCGGUCUUUCUUGCAAAACUGGAGCUAUCUCCCAGCAUGUGGUUGGCUUGUUUCUAGGUCACGUCUAAGGGCUAUUACAUUGUCUGGGUUAGUUAGCUGUAUUGAUAAUGAUAUGCUUGGAUGAUGCCCCCUUAAAAUGUCAGGUUCUUUACCUCUGUCAGAUCAAAAUCGUAGGGAAUUAAUUUUUAAAAUGCUGACACCAAGCAAUCACCCAUUUUCUCCAAAACUCAGGUACUGCUGAUCGAGACAUGAGAACCCCCAGCCUGUAUCUUUAAAGAGUGAAUUAUGUUUCAAGCUCGUCCACAAUUGUUUUCUCAGUACUCUCAAAAGACUCAUUCUUCUAUACUCGAUUCCUCUACAUUAGCGAAGCCAAACUCAUGGACACAAUAUCCCUAAAGGUCGCCAUUGCAUCAUUAUUACGUGAUCUGACUCCUUCCUACCACCUGGUUAAUUCUUUUUGCUUAUUUUUCCCCUAGAAUAGAAAGGAAUAUUUUUCCAAUCAUAUUUUUCUCGUGUGUCACUUUCUUUGGGAAGUGAAAGAGGGAGAGAAAUUAUGGUGAAAAAAUUAAGCAUCAAAAGAUGUAGUUAACGAUAUUUCAAGUCAAACUUUCUGAUGUCUUCUAAUGUCACCCUAACAUUAGUACAGAUUCUCUCCUCAUCACUGCAUCUUCUCGCCCUGCAGAUAGAUGGGUUCCAAGAUAGGAAUGCGGAAAAGAAAUUAUACAGCAUCUGAUAAUCCAGUAGAUAUGCCCUCAUUUUUUAUUUCUGUUCGAUCCCCAUAAUUAUUCUGGAUGUAGAUGCCAUUUUCUGAAAAAAAUGGAAACUUAUUAUACCAUGUUUAUACUAAUCAGCGGACUAAAUUUUUCUAGGGAGGCAAUCAUGUUAAUUCAAGAGGCGUAUCAUCUUACCAAGUCUACAGGCACAUCACGGUAUGCAUGUGCUAAUUUUGGGUCAAUUCCGAAUCUACUGUGCAGUGAGUAAACCAACAAAGGUAUUCAAAGGCUGUGUUUCCUUCUUGCAGGAACACGCUGAAAAGACAUCACAGUAUUUCCUGAGUGUAGAACCUGAUGCGGCAUUACCCCGACUUCUGGUAUCUCUUCUCUCUAACGCUGAACUCUAAUUGAAGCAUACAUGAUUGUCUUGAAACGGCAGACAGUACCCUGAUCAUUUAGAAAGAAGAAGAAGAAAACGCUGUAACAGUGCGCUCUAAAUAUCACGUAUAUAUAUACUUUGUAAGGUUUUGCAUGUUUUAUCUCAUAGACUGUGUGGAUUCUAACAGUUUGUCUGUCCUCAUUUUCGCCCUGCAGCGUUGGAUAUGCGGCUACCAGACACUAUUUUCUCAAGCCUGCAGGUGAAGCUCUGGAGACUCAGCUGUAUUAGAAACCCCCCUCGAUUCUUUGUCUUGACAUCGAGCGUUCUUCUCAUGCAGUAAAUGCGGACGACUUCUCACGAAUGAUAGGCUCUUAAACUUGCUCCUCCCCCCCGUCCUUCGGCCUCAUCAACAACAAUUAACUAAGGUUCCGUCUCACAAUGACCAGAAAUCCGAACAGGCCCCUGCGUACCACGUAGGGUGCUACACUGACGAAGUCUAG